GCUCCACCUCCCGACGGGGGCCCGGGGAAGCGCAGAGGCGCGCGCACUGAACGGCAGCAAGUAAGCAAAGGUGGCAGCAGCUUCUGGCGAGCCCCGGAACCUCUUCGCAGGGGAAGAUAGGUGAGGGGUUUUUUUUGGAUUUUAUUUUUGUUAUUUUAUUUUUUGCGCGGAAGGGAGGCUGCAAAGUUGAUGGAUGCGUGUGCAACUUUAAAAAAAGAGGAAGUAGCGCGCGGGUCUACUCGGAAGUAAGCCCCGCUCUUUUAAACGGGGCUUUACUCCAGGGAAAGCGUGCCCGGGGUCGUGGUCGUAGCCUCAGCUGGGCGCUUGGAGGAUGGAGUGAAACUUGCAAGCCGUGGGGGUCGAGAAUGUGGGGUCGAGUUGCGAGUAAGGGUAGAUCUAUUGAAGUUUGCAACAAAGAGAUAAGGGGGAGGCAACAGCCCUGGGCGUCUGCAGGGGGGCAAGAUGGGGGCAGAGACCCCAACUGCGCCCCCGAAUAUAAUCUCCAGAUCCCUAGCUUCCAUUUGUUUGAAAAGAGCAAGUUUCUAGCAUUUGUAGAACCUGAGAUAUGGGGCGAAAUGUGUAAACGCUGUUCUUCUCGCUUUGGGGAGGUGGAGGGAGUGGCCUCGGUGCUUUACUCCUCUUUCCCGUCCCCCCGCCAACACCCCGGGGAAAAUCCUGCAGGUUCCCCCCCCCCCCCGGGACAAUCCCACCAAAGGACACAGCGAGAAUUGUAAGGUAAGAGAAGCAAAUCACCAAUGGGAAAUGAUACCAGACGUUGAAACUUGGGGAAUUCACUCGUGUUGUGUGCGUGUGUGAAGUUACUUGUGAGUUGCAUGCCCCCCUCAUUUUUAUGGGGUGGUGCAGACAAAGGGUAAAGGCUUUCAUUGAUUUGGGGGGGGGGGCGUGUAUGGAGAGGUGCAGACUUCCCAAACUAAUUUAACCCUGGAAGAGUUGAUAUAAGGGUGGGGAGAUGGUCCCUUUGUUUGUGGGGUGAGGUUGGAAGAUAUAAAAAAGUGUAUUUUUAAUCAAAGUAACCUUGUGGCACCUUAAAAAAAUUCAAGGUGUGGUCUCCUUUCUGAACAUUAAAGGGUACCACCCCCACCUUCAAGGGGAGGAGGGAAUGAAAGCCUUUUUUUAAAAGGGACAUACUAAAGCUGAUGGGGUAAAACAUGUUCACUUAAGAAUAGCAGUGCUGCCCUAACUAUGUCUACUCAGAAGUAAGCCCCAUUGAACUCAAUGGGACUUGCUCCCAAGUAAGUGGGGUUUGCUGCUUGUCUCUUAAAAUGGGAGUUUUUAUUCCACAGUCAUGGGACAACUCUAUGCAUGUUUACAGAGAGAUAACUAAGUCCUGCUGUGUUGGAUGAGGCCUGAUCUUUUGUAAAUACAGUUUAGGAUUGCUGAAUCUGCAAAAAUCCUAAUGCCGCUUACUGGAGAGUAAGCCCCACUGAAUUCCACAGGACCUACUUCUGAGAAGACAUGGUUAGGAUUGCAGCAUUAAAGGUAUUUGGAUUCAGGGAACAGCAUGUUUGGUGAGCAGGGGAGCAAUAACACAAAGCUGGUGUGUUGCAUUUUUUAAAAGUAGUAUUUUGUGUGCGCGUGUAACCUCUUUGCCACUUCAGUUGUGGGAGUGUGAGAGAACCUGACUUGCAAUUGGGCAAAACUUAAGGUGAGGAGGCCACAGUUUUCCAGGAAGGAGCUUGGCAUCCGGUCUGGGGUUCCAGAAACAAUUGGCCAGCCUGAUUGUGCAAGUCCAAGGAAGAAGAGGCAAGCCUGCUAUUUCCUCCCAGCCCUACUCCCAACAGAAUUGCUACUUAUAUUUUCUUUUCUCUUGUGGGGCUUUGCCUUUCAAUAGCUGCCUAGCAGGCAGGAAUUCUACGAUUCACCAUUCCUUCAAGCAAAGGGACUGCACCUGUUGAGUUUCUGGCUGCAGGAAACUUAACCCAGAAGGUGGCAUCUCUUGAGUGCAUUCAAAAGAUCAUUGUUUCUUCUCCUUGUAUCCCGUCCUUCCUCCCAAGGAGCUUCCAUGUGUCCCCACCCACAUUUAAUUCUAACAAAAACAAUAAUACGAAGCAGGUUACGUUGCACCGUAGUUCAGCUGCAAUAAUUGAGGGUGGAUUUGAACUCUGAUCUCCUUGGUCAAAAAGUCUUCUGCAUGCUGCCAACUCUGUUUUAUAAUCAUUCACAUUUAAAGUUGUGGAUUUCAAGUUUUCAAAACGGCUUCACCCACAUUAGCUUGGCAAUUUGGGCACCAGCCCUGUAAUAUUGACCAGUCCUGUAUAUGCAGGGUGUGAUGAGAGAGAGAAAUAUAACAUACCCAGGACCACUGAGUUUGUGACUGAUGUGAAAUUUGAACUGGAGGUUUAUUUUACACUUUCUUGCAUUUAUGCCCAUCUCCCCAGUGUCCCUCAUCCAUUUUAUCGUUGCAACAACCCUGUGAGUUAGGCUAGACAGAUUACAGCCCAGUGUGUACACUGUUAUGUAGCCUUACGAUGUGUAGUUUCAAGAAGUAGAGACUUACGUUGUUCUUUUUGACCAACAAAAAAUACUAAUCAUUUAUGCCAGGGAUGGGGAGACGAGACCAGUGGCAGGUGUCAAACGUGGCCCUCUAGAACUCUUUUUCUGGCCCUCAGAACCUUCACCAGGCCACACACUCCUAUAUACCCUCCAACGUUUCUCCGAUGAAAAUAGGGACAUCCCGUUCCAUAAUGAUAAUUUUACUAUUCAUACCCCACACAUCUUACUGGGUUGCCCCAGCCACUCUGGGAGGCUUCCAACAUAUAUAAAAACAUAAUAAAAACAUUAAACAAACUUCCCUACACAGGAUAGCCUUCAGACGGCUUGGGGCUCGGAUAACUCCAUACUCUCCAACAUAGGGACGUCCUAAGGAAAAGUGGGACAUUCCAGGAUCAAGUCAGAAACUGGGACGGCUUCUCUAAAUCAGGGAUGUCCCUGGAAAAUAGAGAAACUGGGAGGGUCUGCUCCUACAGGCCUUGCUUUGCACUCUCCUUGAGUGUUUCCCCCUGGCUGGAAGGUGUACCUGAUCUCUUAUCUUGCCUCUUGUUUGCAUGUAUGGAAGAUAGAGAGAGCUCUCUGUGUGUGCAUGGGCACAAACCGGUUUAUUGCACCAUAUAUAUUGAGUGAUCCGCCCACUUUUGCCUUGCCUCCCCAAACAUGCAGCCCUUUGUGAAGUUACCCCGGCAAGGAAUGUGGCCCUUGAACUGAAAAAGGUCCCCGCCCCCCAGUACUGGAGUUAGUUUCAGCAGAUGCCUAAGCAUGUCUACUCAGAAGUAAAUCCUAUUGAAAUCAGUGGAGCUUAAUCCCAGGUUAGUAGGGGGUUAGGAUUGCGGCCUUCCUUAAGGACUUAUUUGCAGACCUCCUUUGGGAGAUAGCUCAAGCAGGGGAAGGUUUUGUCUCAUGAAAGCACAAUACAGUGGUACCUUGGAAGUCAAACUAAAUCCUUUCCGGAAGUCCAUUCGGUUUCUAAAACGUUCGAAAACCAAGGUGCAGCAUCUGAUUGGUUGCAGGAAGCUCCUGCAGCCGAUCGGAAUCCGUGUUGGAUGUUUGGGUUCCAAAGAACGGUUGCAAACCGGAACACUCACUUCCAGGUUUGUGUUGUUCAGGAACCAAAACAUUAGACUCGCAAGGCGUUCAGGAUCCAAGGUACGACUGUAGAAUGGAAAACGAAAACAGGCAACUCAUAUGGCAAUGGUACAAAACUCUUCAGAAUGUUAGGCUGGGUAAAAAUAAAUAAUUCUAUAUAAGGAAAAAAGCAGCCCAAAACAAAAUCUGGCUAAGAUCCAUUUCUUCCAAGUGAUCUUCCCGUUUUUGUUUUUUUUAAGCCCCCUAACAAAAGUUGAAGCUUGGGAGUAAGACGUCAAUUUAAAUAUGCAGUAAAAAGUCAUAAAAAGCAGUAAAAUAGCAUUCUGUGAUAGGAAAUGCAGAAUGCAGCAACAUACACUCAAACAGGGGUUUCAGCCUGAGGGCCAGAGGUAAAAAUGGGUUCAGCAAUGAAUGAAAAUGAUACUUUUGUACUGCAGGAUGUUUUCUUCACACACUUGCAAUCUCUUCCCGGUUCUCUGUCCAGGGAAGCAGAGGGGCACAGUCAGCAUUCAAGGACACUAUCCAGCCAGGCAAGAAGACUCAAGUGGGUAUGAAUGAGUGGGCUGUGGGGCCUGGACAGGCAGGGAGGGAGGGCCCGGCAGAGAGGCCUGGGGGACUGCGUUUGGCUCCUGGGUCCAGGAUUUCCCAGCUCCACAUUAGCUAGAGAGAAUAAAGCAGCCUUCUCUGGGACAUGAAAGCUAACAGCACUGAAGUCUUUGCAACCAGGGUGCCACCACAAAGAAGUCCCUGCACCAGAAGAGCAGUUGACUGACUGCCUAUGCAGCUGGCCUUUCAUAUAUCCUUGCUUCUGAAAGGUUACUAGAAUGCAGUGGUGAUCUUUAAAACGUUUGCAAAAUACGGUUGGGCUUGGCAAGUCCCAGGAAAUAUGGUAAUCUGUCCUGAACCUGAUUAAGACUUCUGAAUAGUCUUCAAGGGUAGCCCCAAUGUACACCCCCGACCCAACUUCAGUAGUCAAGGCUCGAUGUGACCAGGCGGUGGAUAUCUGUGUCUAGACUUUCUCCCAAUGCAAGAAUAACUGUCAAGUCAGUAUAUUAACAUUGGUGUAGGAAAAGGGGCUGGAUUAAUUGAUGGGCCACACAUGCAGUGUUGAUGGUGAAGAUGAGCGGUUUUGGCUUUUCAAAAAGUGGGUGAGGAUCCUUCGGGUUGCGAGGUGCGUUGAGCGUGGGCUGCUUUUCUGACAACGCAAUGAAAUGUAUCUUAAUUGCUAGGUGGAAAAAUCUCGUGACAGCUUGUUUGAUGAAUUGCUGUUGAAUCAUCGGCAUCCGUGCUGAAAGCCUUGUUAUUAUUGGUAUUGUAAUAAAGUUAUCUCCAUCCCCAGGGACUUGGAGUGGGAAGCAAUAUUUCCCAAGGCCUCAAAGCUUAGUGGCUGGAGCGCACACUAUGCCUGCAGAAGGUUGGAAGAUUCAGGACAGAUAAAAGAAAGGACAAGCACAUAGUUACACUGUGGAACUCCCUGCCACAGGAUGGCCACCAACUUGAAUAGCUUUUUUUAAAAAGGGACAACUUAAUGGAGGAGAAGGCUAUCAAUGGCUUCCAGCCAUGAUGGCUAUGUUCUUUCUCCACUUUUGGGAAAGCAGGAUGCCUCUGGAUAGCAGUUGCUGGAAGCCAGUUUCGGGAGAGGCGAGAAUACUCUUCCUGAGGGAUUUCCCCAGGCGUCUGGAUGGCCUUCCUUCCUGUUACAGCUUGGGCUGGACCAAAGGUCUGAUUCAGUACGAGGCAGCUGUCUAUGCUCAUGGGUGAAAUAGUGUUGGAUAUACAGUGGUACCUCGGGUUAAGAACUUAAUUCGUUCUGAAGGCCCAUUCUUAACCUGAAACUGUUCUUAACCUGAGGUACCACUUUAGCUAAUGGGGCCUCCCGUUGCCGCCACGCGAUUUCUGUUCUCAUCCUGAAGCAAAAUUCUUAACCUGAGGUACUAUUUCUGGGUUAGCGGAGUCUGUAACCUGAAGCGCCUGUAACCUGAAGCCCCUGUGACCUGAGGUACAACUGUAUGAGGAGCAGAUGCAACGUGCCUCAGGCCCACACGCGUAUCUUUUAAGUGCACCAAAUGGCAGAGCUGGCUGGAAAUGUUUUGCUGCUGGCGGAGACAAAGGUUGGAAGAUUCAGGACAGCUAAAUUAUUCACGCGGUACAUAAACAGUGGAACUCCCUCACACAGGAGGCAGUGAUGUCUGCCAACUUAGAUGUCUUUAAAAGAGGAUUGGACAGAUUUAUGUAGCCAGAUACGUGCAUCAGUGGCUAUGUUCUGCUGAGACAGUGCUGUUGUGCUCAAGUCCUGCUAGCAGGUCUCUCAGAAGAGUCACGUAAGGCCAUGAGACCAGGGUGCUGGGCAGGAUGAGCCUUUGGCCUGGACCUGCAGAGCUGCUCUUGUAUGUUCUUCUGUUGGAUCACUUGUCCUGUGUCAGGAUAGCCACAUUCAGGCAUUUUUCUGAGCACACAAGUUCUGUAUCCCUGGACAGCAGCAGCGGGUAUUUAGAGGCACUGAGAGGAGAGGCCCUUUUGGCUAGUAGUCAUUGAUAGCCUCCUUGUACAGGAAUUUGCCUAAUUUUCUAGGAAAGACACCCAAGUUAGUAUCCAUCACUUCCCCUUGUGGAAGUGAAAUCCCAUAGUUAAACUAUGCGCUGCAUAAUGAAGGCCUUCCUUUUGCUUGACCUAAAUCUCUAGCAUUCAGCUCCAUCAGAUACGUCUGAGUUCUCGCGUUACACGAGAGGGAGAAACAACUUUUCUGUGUCCAUUUUCUCCUCUGUUGUGUUUCAUCUUGCUCGCCUUUUCUCUAGACCUAAAAGUAUGAUGGGACUUGGAGUGCGGCAACAUCCGGAGAUCACCCAAGUUGAGGAUGUUCUGUUUUCCAUCAAGAUUACAAGACAGUGCGAUGCUAUAAUAAUACAUUUUGCCUUUUCGCUUGCUUUGUGUUCCUGUCUCAAGGUCUAGAGAAGCAUCUCUUUUUACCAAGGCAAGGUUGUGGCUGACAUACUACUAGAUAAAGCAAGGAGGGGCCAAUGGAGUCUCUUUUUCCCUUCACAGAGCUGCUGGGCCAUGUUGCAGCCAGCCCUCUGUUCAUGUUAUGAUUCUGUGCAGAAAAGCCACCUAAUGAGGGCAAGACUCAAGUUUCCUGAGAAUCAAUGCUUCCAUUAAAAAAACACAAACAUACUAGGGGCUGCUUCCCCUGCUCACCAACCCACCAAGCCCCACACUGCAGCUACAGUUUUUCUUACAGAAACAGUAUAGAGAGACAAUCAAGUUUCUAGACCUUAUGGUUGUAAAAGAUACGCUGGAAUGUAAAUGGGUUGUGUCAGAAGCCAGAGAGAUGGGUGGAUAAUCUUUCUCAUAUUUGGUGGGCAGUGCAGCCCUCGCCUUUGAGCCAUGACUCUGGCCCAGAAACCUGUCUUAAUUUCAAAGGAAAACAUGUUCCACAAUGGUCCAACUUGGUAUAAGGGCAGCUUCUUGCGUUCAAAACCUCUUUGGAGGUCCUGCUCUGGGUGCCCCCUGUCAAAUAAAGUAGGGUGGGUAACAAGGGUGUUUUGUGUGCUGGGGCUUCUUAGUGGUGGCCCCCACCAAUUACAGAGCUUCACCUCACACCAUCUUUGUGGUCUUUUGCUCCAGCACUAGACCUUUCUGUUCACGCAGGCCAUUUAUGUUAGCAGAUUAACAUACUGCUUGAUUGUAAAAAAAGGCCAAUGAACCUCAAGUGGUUUACAAAAAGAAGAAAACAAUGAAAUAAAUAAAAACAGUUAAAAACACUCAUGCAGAAUGUUUUUCAAAACAUAAUUGAAAACAAUGGUAAGCAAAAACCCAGAUUGAAACACAUGCAAACACGUCUUUUGUUUGGACAAGCCUGUACGGAACAUAUACCGUAUUUUUUGCACCAUUACACUCACUUUUUUCCUCCUAGAAAGUAAGGGGAAAUGUCUGUGCGUGUUAUGCAGGGAAUGCCUACGGGUGGCAUGCCUACGGAUUUUCCUCCUCUAAAAACUACAUGCGUGUUAUGGUCGGGUGCGUGUUAUAGAGCGAAAAAUACGGUAGACAUGUGUUGUCAGCACGUGUUUUAAUCUGGUUUAUCACUGAUUUUAGCAUAUCGCUGAUAGCAUUACUCACCUUCAGGUGUUCUUGACAUGUUCCUGGCUGGCAUUUUACCUUUCUCACAUCUGGAGUUGUAGGCUAAGCCAGUGGAGAUUGAUUUUAAUGUUUUUUGCCUAUCCUUUGUGCACGCAUAUAAUUUUUGUUUCAUGUCUUCUCUGUUUCAAAGCACACCUACCUGUUUUGAGCCUGUGCACAUGCUGAUCUAAAAAUAUGGUCCCUAUUACCAAUGUUUCCUGGCACGCCUCUUCCUCUUGCUUUGCCCAUCUCAAUUUGAGCAAGAGUCAGGGGUGUGGUUUUACCACCCGGCCAAGUGGCUUUCCAAACUCCACAGAUGUUUCUCUCCUAUCUUGUCAGAUGGGGUGAUGUUGUGAGUCCUGAGUCAAUUUGUAAGGGAAGACAAAUGCAAUAGAAAAGACUACUCUGCUAUGAUCCUAACCCCACUUACCUGGGAGUAAGCCCCAUUGAAUUCAGGAGGGCUUCCCUUCUGAGUAGAUAGGGUUAGAAUUACCUGGGAGCAAUUCAUCAUUGUUUUCAGCGGGGCUGAUUUCCAAGUUGCCGAAAUUUGCAUUGUUAAUAUGGCACGUUAAUUAGCCAGAUCAAGACCUGCACUAUGCAAGCAGCACAAUGAGAUGGUAGAGUCCUGAGAUGGUAGAGUGGACUGUACUACUUCAGACUGCAUAGGUGGGAGAUACCAUUUGGAGGGCUCCCUCUACAUAAAAAAUAACCUCUCUGCAAGGAGAAAGUUUGCUCGCCAAGGAGGGCUGGAAGCAUUCUUCCUGAUGUGCUCAUUUUCUCACUGAAGAGAUGCCUGUCUGUUUCAUGAAGGGGAGAGUUGAAUAAUGUUAUUUCUGAGCUUCAGUCUAGGUCCAUCCUGGCACAUUGAGAUAUUCUUAAUUACUUCAUCCAGCUGCUGUAUGUAGAGUUGGCAAGAGGGCUUCUACCGGGAGGAAGGAAGUAGGGUUGUGUCUGUUUCUGGCCUUUGAAAGCAUUAAGCAGAGCAAGGGCUGCUUUUUAAUUUUUUUUUAACGUAGUCAGAUUUGUUGUUAGAGUGCUGCAUGCCUCAGUUAGCAGAAUUGGAAUUUGCAAAUGCUGAGCACUUAAGCCAUAGCUUUGUCUGUUGCAGCUUUUGAGUUUUUAUUCAUGGAUGCUAUAUAGCAGCCUUCACCAACCUGUUGCGCUCCAGAUCUUUCAGGCAGCCACUGCUAAAGUCCGAAACAUCUGAAGGGUACCCAGUUGGGAAGGCUGAUCUGUUUCCUGUGCAGUAUUCUCCUCCUCCUCUGAUGUUGAAACAGUUUGCGGUGUAUUAUUCCUCUCCCUGUGACCGUCCUGUGACAAAUGACAGAAAUCUGUUUUCUUGGUCUGGCCUCAGGGGAUCUGGCUGGGAGGGAGACAAAGGCUUCGUUUCCGCUGAACUGCUGCUUGUGUUUUGUGUUCUGAGCAAGCAGGGCAGAGAGCAAGGGAAUUGGAUAAGCGCUGGCAAUUAAGUGAGUCAGCCUGAUGCCUCUGUUGUGUUUUCCUUGAUGUGUAAACUGAAGGGCGAUAGCGUGCUAUGGAGGCGGAAGAGUAAAACUAUGGCUGUUGGGUUUCCCCUCUCUCUGCACCGCGUGGUUUGUAGAAAUCCAGAAGCCCUGUGGCAAGAAUCGGACGGAUGUCGUGUGCUGGAAGCCGCAGGCUGUGCUUUAGCUCAUUCAUGCUCAUGUUUUGCUCUGGGGUGGCCAGAAUUUGGUUAUUGUUUUGCAUCAAUGGAAGAUCAUCCCUGCUUGCCCAGCCAGCCAUCCUUAUUUAUUCGGAAUAUUUGUAGCCGGCUCUUCAUUCAAAAGGGCUCCCAGAGCAGCUUAUAUACAGGACAGUUCCUGCUUGCAGGUUUCUGGGGGGGAAAGCCACACACAUAAAAGAAAAAGGGGACUAGGAGGGCAGAGGAAGAAUGCAAACUCAGGUAGUGAGUCUGACAGGUUAAAUAGUAGUCCAUGACCUGCUAGGAUGGAAAUUGUUCAGGGGCAGGAUGACUGCUGGUGUGUGGAAUUCACAGAGCUAUAUGGCUACUGAACAUGGGGGCUUCAGGAAGGCCAACCUGGCUAAUGCUUAAAAAUAUAAAUAAAUAUUGGAGUAUAUACUUUUUGCCCCUCUUGAAUAAAUACACUACCCAGCUCCCACCCUCCAUAAUUGCUUCAGUUUGUGAGUCAAAUUUGCCAAGUGAAGCAUUGUGAAGCUUUUCCAUAAUUGCCCUAGUGGAUCGGGCAAACUGCUUGCCUAGAUGGCUUUGGAAAUUUAUGAGCACAGCAUGGAUAUUCUUUCUCUUGCCCCUGUUGUUUGUCUCUGACAUCUGGUAUAGUGCCCCUGACAAUGCAGGUUCUAUUGAGAGCUCUCACCUCCAGCAGCUGUUUGGGAUAACUUUUCUUCUUAAAAGCCUCUCCCCUGGCCAUACAUUUAAAGCAGGCACACACUAGUUUGUUAAGGGUGCUGGGAAUUGCAGCUCUGUGAGGGGUAAACUACAGUUCCCAGAAUUGUUUAGGCAGGGAGGUGGGGAAUGUGCUUUAAAUGUAUGGUGUAUUCACAGAGACAGUAUUGCUGAAUUUGUGUCAGUUGCUCUUCCCCUUUUUAACUGCCUUGCGCCAACUUCCCUCUGAGUUUGGACCUUUGGAAUCUUAAAGCCAUAUAAAAUAUCAAAUACUCAAUGUUUGGUCUUCUUUAAUUUAUGGCACUUGCGAUUUUGAACAUUAUUUACGUAUUUAACCAUUUUGACAAUUAUUAACAAUAAUCAAUGAAACCCUGCUUCAGAUAAAAUUCCUUCAAAUCAUAAAUAUUCCUGCAAGAAAAUAUAACAUAAAUUAACAUUUGCUUUAAAAACAAACCUCAAAACCUACUUGAAUUUGCUUUUGCGGGAGAUAAUUGUUUUCUGGGCCACACUGCCAAGAGGGAGACUAGUUUUCCCAAAAUUUAUUUCUGCAUUUGCUUGCAUAUCUCGCUUUUAGAUAAUAUGUUAUUUUCGCCAUUAUGGAGAUGGCCCAAACUCUAUUAAGCCAUUCCUUUCAAUGAGGGAAUAACUUAACUUUCCAGUUUUGGGCCAUCAACAUUUUAUCUUUUUAACACGCUCUGGUGCUAUUUGGUUCUAAGUGUGUGUGUGUUUACCUAGUUAACAUGAAGUGUGAGAAAUUCCUUGUUUCCAGCAGCGUGAUGAUACUCUCUGGAAUUUGAUAGUGGGUUGGAGUGAAUGCAUAUUAUUCCUCAUGGGAUCUUGACUUCAUUUGUUUUGUUUUUUAAAAGUUAUAACCUCUUCAUACCUGGAGCAAUUAAACAGAGGAUGAGGAGGGGGAGAGAGAGAGAGAGAGAGAGUCUGUUCCUGGAUGCUCUUCUACUAAUAAGCCAUAAAUUUUUGUUCUUUCCACUAUUGUUACAAGGGGUGGAAAAUUGUCACAUUGACAUGAGAUGUCAGGCAAAGAUCCUCUGCAUAAUUCAUGCAAUCGUCUAUGUGGGAGCUUCAUUGAUGUUGGAUCUGAACUCUCUGUGUUGAAUUGGUUUCCUGUUGUGUUUUAGGGCAUUUUCCUGAGCAAGAGUCUUAGUAACGUGUUGUCAGUUCUGUCAUUAUUUCUUAUUAUCAUUAUUUAGGAUAAUUAUUUGUCGCUUACUACCAAAAAUUUCUUUUUGGUCUCAAAGUGAUUUAUAGGUUUGUUUGUUUUUAAAGAAGCAUAUAAUACCAGAAUAAAAUACAACAAAAGAUUGCAAAGCAUGAUUAGCUAAAAGUUCUCAGCCUGCAGUAAGGUAAAAAAGGACACAUUCUGCUCUACCCAAAGAUGGGCACUAGGGCUGGGCAAUAUGGUGAUAUAUUGUCCAAAACUGGUUUGAAGUCCAUUUUGUGAUAUCAGUUUCAUAUUUUUUGACCUGGCAAUAUAAUUGUGAAUUCAUGUUGUGUGUGUGUUUGUGCACAUGCUAUGCAAAAAUCACAAUGUGGGAAAAACAGUGAAGCCAGCUAAUCGGUAUAUCACAAUGUUUAGCUGGUAAUACAUCACAAUGUUGAAAACCAGAUACAGUGGUACCUCGGUUUUCGAUUGUAAUCCAUUCUGGAAGACCGUUCAACUUCCGAAACGUUAAAAAACUGAAGCAUUUACUUCUGGAAAACUCAAUACAGAAGCCGCGUGGCAUGUUCAGGUUCUGAAAAGUGUUCGAAAACCGAAGCAGUUACUUCCAGGUUUUUGGUGUUUGAAAGUCGAAACGUUUGACUUCUGAGGUGUUCAAAAACUGAGGUACCACUGUAUCGCCCAGCCCUAAUGGACACCACCUCAGAGCAUCAUUGUAAUGGAUAGCUGAGAGAGAGCGGCUGACAUUCAACUUGCAAGAGCAAAAACUAAAUUAAUGAGAAGAUUGGUCAACUAAACUCCUGCUUCUAAAGCAAGACCUCCUCUCCUGUUUAGGUCUUUGAAAUGUCUUCAGAAUCUGCUUCCUCUCAUGAGCAGCCUCCGUCUCCACGCAGCCUCCGACUUCCAGAAGGGCGGAGGACAAGAGAGCGUUCCCCGUCUCCGAUGAGAGGCUACCUCAUCCCAAGCCCGCUUCCGACGCGGAGGACCCGCACAUUUUCAGCGUGAGUAUCAAGGGGAGCAGGUGGAAUGGGGUUCUUUCGGUGCUCAUUUAAAACAAUGUUGCUUAGGCAAGCCUAACCAGGCAUACUGAUGUUGCUGUGUUUUAAUCUCCUUUACUGUUAAUUUCAAUCUUCUAAAACAGUUUUUCAUUGUUUUCGUCUGUUUUUUAUUGUUAAUGUUAAUAUUUAUUUAUUUAUUGUUAAUGUUAAUAUUUUUUGUUAAGCCCCUUAGAGGUUUUGCUACCAUAAAGUGGUAUAUAAAUUUUGUUAGGUAGAUAGGGAUAAUUUGCUUCUUACCUGACUCUGAAUUGCUGGUACCACAAUGAACAUUUCAAACUUUUUUGCUUUUAACUUGUUUUUAACUUUUAUGGUUUUAUGUGUUUAUUGCUGUGUAUCGCUUCAACAUACAUUUUUAUGAUAUAGCAGUAUACAAAUAUUUUUUAUAAAUUAAUAACAAACAAAACAAACGCUGGUGUUGUCCCUGGUUAAAAAAGAAAAAGUAGUAUGAACACCGACAACUGGGAAACACUGGCCUGCAAGUGCACCAAUUGGAGAAUAGCCUUUACCAAAGGUGUCAUGGACUUUGAAGACGCUCGAACUCAGGACGAAAGGGAGAAAUGUAAUAAGAGGAAUGGCAAACCCUCACCAUGAUCAACUCCUGCCUGGAGACCUAUGUUCCCACUGUGGAAAGGACGUGUGGAUCCAGAAUUGGCCUCCGCAGUCACUUACGGACACACUGUUGAAACCGUGUUUAUGGAAGGCAAUCUUACUCGGCUAUGAGUGACUGCCAAAGAAGAAGACAACUCUGGUCACUCACCUUUGCAAGCCUCACCCUGCCUGGUUCCUUCUGUGAUCACCUCCAUACAGCCCACCCAAGAAGCAAUUACUCUGGCCGUAGAUGGUUGAGAGGUCACUGUAGAUUUCCACUGAGAGUUGGUCUUGCUGAGACAAAUCCCUGAUAAUACAACUCCUUCCCCCACCUCCAACUCUGCAAAAUACCGAAUUGAGCAGCAGAGUGUAAUCUCUCAGCUGUAAGUUGGGUGUGUCACUGACUGAAUCCCCUGGGGCUCUGAAGGUUAGCUCAGCUUGCAGCUGAAUGACAUUAUGACAAGCGGGGAAGUACAAAUGACUCUGGGAUGGCUGGCUAUGUCACAAUCGCACCCAGGCUAGAAGCUCAGAAGUUGUGUUGAGAGGAGGGAGGUGGCGGGCGGGCGGGGAAGCGAGAGGGCAUGGGAGCAGAACGUCCUACCAUGCUCUGUAGAAAGUUGUGCCCUCUCUCACUCAAGGCAGGUGGGCUUCUCCAUGGCGUCGGAAGGUCUUAGGUCCAGUUCGUCAAGGUGAGGAAGGCAGCAGAAGGAUAUUGCAGAUUUUGGGGAAGAUUCAGAGAAAAAGGGGAGACCCAAAGGGUCCAGGGGAUGGAGAGGCUCCCCGGAUGCAGAGUUUGGGAAUUUUUAGUUUAGGGAAAAGGCGAGUAUGGAAUAUUAUAGAAUUAUGCAUGGUGUGGAGGGAACAGAUAGAUGGAGAACCCUUUUUCUCGCUCCCACUAGAAGCUGAGGGGGACAUGCAGGGAAGCUGAAUGCUGGAAGAUUCAAGACAGAUAAAAGGAAGAACUUCACACUGCACAAACUAUGGAACUCGCUGCUGCAGGGAGGCAGUGAUGGCCACCAAUGUGGAUGGCUUAAACAGAGGAUUAGGCAAAAUCAUGGAGGAAGAUAAGGCUGUCAGUGGCUGCUAGCUGUGGUGGCUUUGCUUAUGAAUACCGCAAGAGGGGAGAGUGCUGUUGAACGCUGGUCCUGCUUGUAGGUUUCCCAGAAGAGGCACCUGGUUGGCCACUGUGAGAACAGAAGCUGGACUAGGUGGGCCAUUGGCCUGAUCCAGUAGGUUCUGAUGAUGUUCUGAUGAUCUUAGAAGGCCAUGUCUUCAAGGCCAGUUAUGAGCUCUGUUUUGUCCUUGGAUGAUUCUGACACUUUCCCCCAGAUUCUGAUUCCUACCUACAAAUGUAGGAAGCUGCCUUAUACUAAAUCAGACCAUUGGUCCAUCUAGCUCAGCAGCUGUUUCGGACAGUUCAGUCCUCGGUGUCUCCAGGUAAGGCUCGGAAGAGCCUCUUGCCUCAAUCCCAGGAGAGCAUUGUUGAUGACUGGGUGCUAGAUUGGCCCUCGGUCUGGCUCAGUGUAAAGCAGUUCCCUGUGGGUUGCAUUUGAUGCUUAUCCAACUCUUGAGUAGACCCUCUUAAAUAGAUGGGCAUGACUAAUCAAAGUCCAUCAAGUUCAGCAGGUCUACUCUGAGUAUAAUGUAGUUGGAUGCAUCUCUAUGGGUGAGAUUCACUUAGAAGCCUUGCAUGAGGGCAUCUGUUUGCGCAGCAGGGCUCCCCACCUCCCGGAAUUGGUUUGUGGGGGGAAUUGGGGGAACCAACAGAACAGCACGUGGGAGGGGGGAUCUGGCAAACAGAUGGAAUAUUUGUAAUUGCAUGGUGUUGAAUUUCACCCUGUUUUCCUAAAAAGAGCACUACAUUCUACAGCAUCGUGCCCAGGUCUCUCUUGACAAUCUGAAUUCUGCUACCUGCAUACAUUUGCCUGAUUUCUCCUCAUUUUGCAUGGUUUGUUAAGAAUGUAGGGAUACAGGGAAGCUGCCCUGUGCCAUGUUUGACCAUUAGUCCGUCCAACUUAGUAUUGCCGGAGGCAAUCCAGGGUUUUCGGUAGGUUUCCCUCUGAGCCCUACUUGAAGAUGCCGGGAUCAUACUUGUGGCCUUCCACGUGUGAAGUGUGAGCCCUGCCAUUUUUCUUCUGCUAGUUGUAAGUGGGUGGUGGGUAGUUCCAUAGGACACUGAAGCACCCUGUGGCAUUACUUGAACUCUUAUUCAGGCUUCUCUCAGGCUUCUCUGCUUUCAGCAGGCAUUUUGCCCGUGCACUUUCCCCCAUAUGUACAAGAAACUUGACUUUCAGAAGCAGCCACAUUAAUUCCCUAGAAGCUGACUUCCGCGCCCUAAUGUAAGAAGAGGUGGGGAAUGGUUUUCUGAACUUGCUUUUGUUCCUCACAGGACGACGAGAGCCUCUGAAGGGCCUACCUACAAGGGUGUGUGUAAAUGUUUCUGCCGCUCCAAGGGCCAUGGCUUCAUUACGCCUGUCGAUGGCAGUCCAGACAUCUUUGUGCACAUUUCUGAGUAAGUGGGGGGUGGGGUGGGGAGAAUGGAUUUGCCCUUCAUCUUUUCAUCCUGAGGGCUGCAUUAUUCCCAUCACGGCAACGCUACUGAAGAUAAUGGGGCCCUUUAUAUGUCCAGCUGUCCUUUGUCAGCAACAAAUUGUUGCUGUUUUUUUGUGUUGAAUAUAUGCUAUAUGGUAAUUUAUGGACCUACUAGGUAUCUAAAGCCAUUUGCACAUGUUGCCAUGCAGAAUGUAGGCCCCCUAUAUAUAGAAAUGAGCAAACCAGUGAUAUUUUAGGGAGCAGCCUAGCAGAUGGGGCCCAUUACUUACAUUACAGGAACCUACACAACACAAAACACUGUUGCUGUAUGUAGCUUUUAUUUUAUUUGUUUUUUAUCUUAUAUUUUGGAAAUGUACAUCCAGUCUUUUUUUCCUUUAAUUUUUUGGGGGGCCCCCAAGAGAGUGGGGCCCUAAGCUAUAGCUUGUUUAGCUUAUACGUAAAUCCGGCACUGAGCAGUGAGCCAGGGCCAGAGGCAAAGCUGGCGGAGCAAUGAAUGUAAAUUUUACCUUUGCAAAGCCAGUUGUUUUCUGCACACUCUUACACACCCCACUCCACCCAAGGCCAGCAAAAUGCACGAUCAGAAUUCAAGGACACGUCCCAGCAGCCAGGCAAGAAUGCUUGUGGUGCAGAGCAAAGCUGGUGAGGGGGGCAGCAUGAUGGCCUGGGGAGGAGGAGAUGGAAAGAGUCCCCACCUGUGCCCUAGAAUGAAGCUGAAGCCAUGGUUUGUCACUGGCUUACCAAGCUUCAUUUGUCUCCUAUCUAUGAUUCAGCAUUACGUGCAAAUCUGGCCCCCUUUCUUAACUGUGGUUUGUACAGCUAAGCCACAAAGGCCAGAGGCCAAGAGCAGCUGGAAACCCAGGCAAGCUGUGGAGAAGCAAGCCUUGGUCUGCGUGAUUGUCUGUCGGACAACUCGUGGCUAAUCUCUGCUUUGCUGAACACAAAGGACAGGCUUAGCAUUGGCUUUCCCAGGCUUCUGAGUUCAUUGACCCCUGGAUGAGAUAUAUAACAUUGCCAUCGACCGCACUACAACUUCUUAGUCAUGUAAAUGAAGCAAAGUCAUGAAAUAUCAACAUUUAUGAAUCACCAGUCACUGUUGUAUUGUGGAAUCAUUAAGAUACAGAAGUGGCAAAGGAGGUGUGUUCUGUACAUGCCUAUGACCUUUAUUUCUGAGACUCAAAUUUCCCUAUUAUUAUUAUUAUUAUUAUUGGAGCAUUAUGAUGAUUAUGAUUUACCCACUUUCACCCCGAGGUCCCAGUGUGGGUUACAACAAUUAAAACCCAGGGAUAAAACAGUUUUGAAUAGGUUACAACCACAGAAACAGGGUGGGGCCUAAGAAACACAGUUCAUACACUUGUUUUCCAUCCCCAGGGGUGACUGGGUAAAUAUCGACUACUUUGGGGAAACCACUGUUUAGUGUGAACCAGAUGAAUGAAUAAAAACAUUCUUGUGGGUUCUAUGUUCCCUUUUUUGAGUUUGUGGCAAAGUCCUGUGAUGGGAACCACUUGGGCAAUUAUUUUGUUUUGUAUCUUCUCCCCCUGCCUCCUGAAAGCAUUGAAGGAGAAUACGUCCCGGUGACCGGGGAUGAAGUCACCUAUAAGGUGUGCACCAUCCCUCCGAAGAACGAGAAGCUCCAGGCCGUGGAGGUGGUCAUCACUCACCUCGCUCCGGGGAUAAAGCACGAGACGUGGUCAGGAAACGUGAUCAAUUCCUAGGCCGCCCUGACGCCAAAGCCGCCCCGAUGGAGGAAAUGCUGGACUUUCGGUAUUGUUCAACAACUGAUACUGACUUGAGACUUGACAGACGAGUUUUCUGCGUAUUGAGUGAGGUGGAAACACCAUUGUAAUGGGGGUCCAAAGGUGGCCAGAGUAACGCCCCCGCUUUUAUAAAAAAAAUAAUUAAAAAAACCGCAAACGGCACAACACUUAAAGUUGACCAAGAAGACGGGAUUUAGUUAUGGCUUUUCUUUUCUUUUUUUUUUACCAGCACGUGUAGGCACCCAAAGGCCUUAGAAAGACUUAACCAAAAUAUAACAAAAUGGCGCAGGUGCCAUCUCUCCAGAUGAUGGGGAGCAUGACUUGGAGUCUGUAAAUUAUCUGUUUUGGUGGGGACUCUGCAUGGCAAGGGAUACCAGCAUUGUCUGGGUAGAUCACCCCAUGAAGAACUUUUCUGCUUGGCACCACGGGGCCUCACCAUUCUAAUGAGCAACAGCACUGUGAAAUUUGCCUGUCAUUGUAGAAGUCAUCUGCUGGUGAGACCCACUUUCCUAGAAACAUAGGAAUUCUCCUGGUGUGCCCUCUGGGUUUCUAGGUCCAAGGAAGCCCCCUCAAUGGAGUACCUGGGGGAAGCCCUAGCUGGAAACACCUUUCCCUUCUUUUGAUUUUGUGCUGGCAGAAAAGCACAGCCCGCCUCAACAUUUCAUAUAUAAACAUCUGAGACGCGAGAGUAGUGUCUGCCGUGGUUAGCUUGUAAUUUGGGUUGAUGAAAACUUUCAGGGUUUUUUCUUUUUAAAAAACCAGCUCUUGAUUUUUAUGUCCUCCUUGGCCCCGUUUGCACAACUCACACCAAACCAUGGUUUGCUUAACAAGCUACAGAUUUGUCCCAUGGACAAUAAAACAAACCCAGUGCUUGUUUCUCUAAAAUGUGGUUUGUUUUCCAGCUGGUCUUUUCUGGUAGCUUGGCAAGUGUUUGUGGUGGGUUGACUAACCAAACCUUGCUUUGGGGACGGUGCUGGCUUUCUUUGUGACACCAAAGCCACAGUUAAAACAAACCAAGGGUUGUGAGUCAGUGACAAACCAUGGCUUCAGCUUGUGGUUUGCUGGCAGUAAAGAAGCCAUAGGCAAUCCACUGAACAGGGUCCAGAUGAUCAACAGUUUUAGUAAACCAUGGCUUAGUAGGAGGAAAACAAGCCACUGUAUGUCACGUGAACUGGUUUGAUGUUUGAACCCUUCUGGUGCAUUUCUUCAGCUGGCAAAGUAUAUUAUUUUUAGUUAGUGAUGUGUGUGUGUUUAAUGCACAGCUAGCUAAUUCCUGGCUCCAACUAGGUUUGUAGCUAAACCAUAUUUCAACCAUAUUUUAUUUCAAUGCCAUCCAGUUGUUGUUUUUUUCCUAGUAGAAAAUGUUCUGAACAGUACAUAUGUGUGUUGUGUUCCCUUCUCAAACUCCCUAACAGCUGGAAAUCUUUGGGGAAAAGAAAUAAAUAAAAAGGUUGGAGUGAAUCUCCUCUUCUGGAA